AUGUCUAGUGUGAAAGAACUCACCACUAAUUUUUUCAAGCUCAAAAAGUUUGACGGUGUGGAAUUUCGACGAUGGAAGAAGAAGAUGUAUUUUCUUCUUACAUCGUUGAAGGUUGCCUAUGUGAUUAGCACUCCUAGACCGGUAGAAUAUGAGAAUGAAACUAUGGAGGAUGUGCGUGAGAAAUCGAAAUGGGAUAAUGAUGACUUUAUAUGUCGGGGUCAUAUUCUCAAUGGGAUGGAGGAUGAUUUGUUUAAUGUGUAUCAACAUGUUGAGUCGGCUAAAGAGCUAUGGGAAUCGUUAGAAAGCAAGUAUGUGGCGGAGGAUGCUUCUAGCAAGAAAUUCCUUGUAAGUAACUUUAAUGAUUUCAAAUUUGUUGAUGGUAGAUCAAUUAUGGACCAGUUUCAUGAGAUACAACGUAUUUAUAGUAACUUGAAACAACAUGGAAUCAAUGUUGAUGAAUUGUUUGUUGUUUCGAGUAUUAUUGAUAAGCUGCCCAAUAGUUGGAAUGAUGUAAAACAUGAUUUGAAACACAAAAAGGAGGACAUAUCAUUGUCCAAUUUGGCUACCCAUCUUCAAAUUGAAGAAGGGAUAAGGGCCAUGGAGAAAGCUAAGGAUGGAAAUCCUAGCUCUUCCACCAUCAAUGUGGUGGAAUGUGGAGGAAGAAGGCAAAUCUAG